AUCUCGCGUCACACUGGCCCCGCAUCGUUGCGAGCAGCGACGCCGCCAGCGGAUCGGUGGCGAGUUCCAUUGAGAGGUGUUGGAUCACGACGCGUGCACUGUGUUGUGGCGCAAGGACUGUCAUGGGAGGACAGAGGAGUGAGAUAUUACCCCAGCUGUGCUUUACAUAGCUUCCUGUGGUGGUGCUGCUAUUGGGGCUCUGCAGAGAAAUUUACCCACGGAGUACUUGGUCGUGGCGUUUGCACCGCAGUGUUGGAUUUUCAGGAUUUGACUUGCAGACCGGCUUACUCACCUCCUGAUUACUGGCCGUGAAUGCUGCAGCUGAAAUUCAGCUAGUGAAUUUUGGACAUUGAAAGAUUGGAUUUCAUUUGGAUAGUCUGUUUCCAGCAGAGUGAUGAUGGGAGCUUCGGCCAUUUCGGGUGUUUGCAAUUUGGCUCCACCAAUCCUACCCAAUCACCGUGAGCGAGACCACAGGAAGCUCAGUGUUUGUGACCAUGAGAUACUCAACCGGAUGUUGAAGCAUGGGAGAAACUCGGAGUCGACGUUGCCCGAGGUACAUCAUGUGGACCAAGCAACUCAUUGCGAUAUGCAUACGAAUGUGAACGAAAGGGUUUGCAGCUGUGGGAUGGAGAGCGCGUCGUCGCACUUUGUGUCAACUUCGGGGCAGUCACGGCAAGUUUCCGUGGCCAUGAGUGGGGACAGCUUGGCAAGCACACACAGGAAACUACAGAAAACUCUCCACAUGAUGAAGGAUGGGAAAAAGUCUGGUUUGAGGCCCACUCCUGUUCAAAAUAUUUCUAAAGAGCAGAGAUACCGAGGACCAUCAAAGAAAUGGGGCACGGAUGAGCACAUGGAUGGUACAGAGGAUGUCACAAGGAUGCUCAAGCGAAGGGCAGCCCUUGUGGCAUUGGCUGCAGCAGGUUUCGUUUCACUAUCACAACCUCUAGCGUCAGCUACGGAGCUUUCCAGGGUUGAUUUUUUAGCUCCCAUGACUGGCGUGGAGGCUCUGGAAGCGAAAUUUAACGAGAGCAUAUACAAACAACUUCAGAAUGAGAUACAGAUUCAACGGAAGGAAUGGGGGUUGACAAGUGUUAGUACAACAGCUCCAUCCCCGACUCAAAACCAACAAUCGCAAUACGUUGCAUCAGUGUCGACUUCUGGUGAUGACACUGAUGCAACUGAAUUAAAAGAAGAGGAUCCGUUUCAUGCUUGGAAGCAAGUGCAGAAAGAGAUUGAAUUUGAGGGUGAGAAAUGUGCCGUGCCUGUGACUCGACCACCAGUGCAGAAACCCACGCUAGUUAAGAAGGUUGUGGCUGCGUCAGUGGCGGUGGCGGUGGCCGGAUCUGUCGCUGGAGCAGCGUCUCACGUUGCUACACAUGGAGGUUCUGCUGUUGCAACAUCGCUGACAGUGUUGCAGCAUUCUGGCCCACCUUAUCUACCUGGUUCGAGCUUGUUGGGUAAAAUUAUACAGCAUUUGGGGGGUGGGGGUGUGGCUGGUGCGGUGGGGGCAACGGUCGUUUAUCCCUUGGAUACCAUUAAGACUCGAAUGCAAGCUCAGAGCACGGAAGAAGGCGUGGAACCUCUGUACAAGGACGAGAUUGACUGCUUAAAGCAGCUCGUUGUAAAGGAAGGACCAGCAUCUCUUUACAGCGGUCUGGUGCCACAGCUCAUAGGCAUAGCGCCAGAGAAGGCCAUGAAGUUAACAGUCAACGAAGCCUUGUUGAGCAGUCUUGAAGCGAUGAUGCCUGGUGCGCGGGUGUGGGCACUAGAAUUCAUUGCUGGGGGAGGUGGAGGUGCUUCCCAGGUGGUGUUCACGAACCCAAUGGAGAUAGUGAAAGUUCGGCUGCAAACUCAGAAAGAGGGGCUCCCGAAGAAGGCCUUGUGGACGAUUGUGAAAGAGCUUGGUGUUAAAGGUCUUUACGAAGGCGCGGGUGUUACCUUAGCCCGUGAUGUUCCAAGCUCAGCAAUCUUCUUCGCUUGUUACACGCUGUUACGUCAAUACUAUCCUGAUCAGAGCUUCCUCGCUGGAGCUAUUGCUUCCAUACCUGCCACUAUUGUAGUAACUCCUAUGGACAUCAUCAAAACAAGGCUUCAGAAAGAACCUGCACCAGGAGAGCUAAAAUAUACCGACUGGUGGGAAUGCUUGCAAGACAUUGUAAACAAUGAAGGACCGCAGGCUCUGUUCAAAGGCAGCCUCCUCCGUGUUCUACGAACAAGCCCACAGUUCGGCAUUACACUGAUGCUUUAUGGGAUGAUAUGCGAAGGUUCGUAAACCCAUGAUUUCAUGCUGAUUGUUGUUCCCAUUCAUUCACAGUCUAGCACAUGUAUUAUCUCGAGAAUUAUAGUUCAUAUGAGCACUUCAGACGCCUACAAUCGACUGCAUUUGGCGAGCAUACAUAGAGGCGGUAUUGACUAGCGGCCUGUGUGCCACUGGGAAAGACUCCUCAAAGUGCAGUCAAAAAAUCUUCCAAAAACAGGGAAGCAACUUUUUUUUUUUUUUUUUUUUUUUUUUUUUUUCCAUUAUUGACCUUUACUGUAGUAUAAGGAUCCAAUUUUGUUGUAUAUUAUUUUUCCUCGAUGAAAAUCAGCCAUUACUUUACUUGCUGGUGGUUCAUUCUCGGA